AUUCCGCUACGAAUUCGGCCAUUCCCCACUUGCCCUCAGAACAAGGCGAAGAACUAGCGCACCCCUACCAAUGGCGACUCCCGGGGACGGAGAGGACGCGCCGCCGCCGCCGCCGCCGGCCGCGGGGUCCGGAGGCAGCUUGAUCGCGAAGCUGGGGGAGCAGUGGAGGAGCACGAAGGAGCACGCCGAGACGUACCCCUACGUGUGGGGCUCCUACAUCCUCGUCUACGGCGGCCUGGGCGCCUACAUCUCCUGGCGAUGGAUCAAGCUCCGCCGCACCGAGGACCGCGUCCGCGCCCUCCAGGCCCGCCUCCGCCAGCUCGCCGCCGCAGAGGAGUCGCAGGCCGCUCCCGCUCAUCCUGCCCCACCCCUUCCCCUGCAUCAGCAGCCGCCGCCGCCGCCGACUGGGCCGGGCAAGCCCGCCUCCGCCCCGUGAAGAGUAAGAUCCCGUAGCCAACUUUUUUGACUUGAAAUGUUACAAGAGCGCAAACCCUGCAUCGUCGUCCGAGCUAGAGGCAGUGCUUGGUGUCCUGUUUAUUGUCUGAUCCUGGACCCAAAGAAAUGGUGAAAUGUAGAAUUAUUAUGUGUUCAUAUUCGAGAUCAUUCUGGAGUAGGUCUAAAUUGUUGUGUUUCAUGUAUGCUGAUCAUCCCACGAGGGAUCUGGUGUUUUUGGUUAUGUCAGCAGUACCAUUUUCUCUUGAUUCA